AUGUCAUUAGCUAACUCUGGUAUGGAUACGGCUUCGAAGGCCGGGAUGGUCCUUGGUGCGACGCCUGUGGGUACACCAAAUGGGACAGGUCGUUCAGUAAUCAAGGAAAAGGUACCGUUGACUUUGAGGGAUCAUAUCACUAGAGAGUUGUUACAACAGCAGCAAUAUGAAGGAUCGACUAUAAGGUUGAUUGGAAUGGGAAUAUCUGGAGUCCCAGAGGCAGAUGUUAAACUGUUGGAAUCAGUGGAAAGGUUAUCUAUGAGAAAGAAUUGGAUUUCACAUUUACCUGCGAAUUUUUGUAGUUUGAAAAGUCUUAGAUAUUUGGAUUUGGAUAGUAAUGUGCUAAGGGAGAUACCACCAGUUCUAAUGCAAUGUCCUACGUUGGAGAUUCUGGAUCUUUCUAAUAACAAGAUUGAAUCAUUACCACAAGAUGUUACGACUUUAUGGUCUGAAAAUUUGAAAGUUUUGUCUUUAAAGAACAACAACGUUGGAUCCAUUUGGGACAUGUCGUCGUUGGCUAAAUUGGAAAAUUUGAGCGUAUUAGAGAUUGAAGGUAAUCCAUUACCAAAGGAAGAAUUAGAUUUAGUAAAAUCUUAUACACCUUUGGCAUCGGGAAUCGCUAAAGAAGAAUAUUGGGCUAUUGCUCUACGAAGAUAUUUACAAAGUCAAACCCCGCCAACAGUGUUAGGAAGUGGUCAUCAUGCCGAUCCGAAGAUUUCAAGAGCUGCAAAGAGAAUGGGGUUUGUAUCAACAUCCACAUCUUCAGAUCCUUCGAUAUCGAUAUCGCCAUCACCGGUUUCACAAUUUUACCCCUCGGAUGGUGAAUUUUCAGCGAUUUCUCAUAAUGACACUAGCACGGCUUCUAAUAACGAACUUUACAAUCAUUCUAAGUUUAACGAUUACUUCAAAAGAUUGUCUAUUUUACCUGAGGAAUCGCAUCAAAAUACAAGUCAUCACAGCAGUAGCGUUAGCAGUGGUAAUGAACAACAUAAAUUACCACAUGAAGAAUUAGUAAUUGCAUGUCGUAAAUUGCUGUUUAGCUUUACGGAAUGUCAACAAAACAUUCGCAAGAUCGCUUCCUUUUGCAAGGAAAAAUCCGUGGCCGUUAGUGUUGUUUCAUUGCUAUAUUCUGUCAGAUCACAUAUUGACAAUUUGGUCGAAGUCCUAGAACAAGCAGAAUUAAAAGAAAAUUGUCAUGAUAAAGCUUUGAUUAAAUUGUGCAUUACUAUCGUAAGCAUCUUCAAGCAGAUCAUCAGUCAACUUCGUAAACAUUUUAAAGCUUUUUUCGAAGCUGACGACUUGUGUUUUAUUAGGAUGUUUUACAUGACUUUACUUUGCUCCUACAACGAAAUUUACAAUGCAUGGUGUUUCAUUGAUGCAGAAGAUGCUAAAUUUGCAAAGAAGCGCUCAGUUGGUAGAUCACUAUCAUCAUCAGUGGCACAUCCAAUUUCUGGCGCUAACGGAACUGGCUCCAAUAACAUGUUUCUACCUCGUACUCGUAGUAAUACUUUACAAUCCAAAGUGGCGCCAUUGUCAUUUAACAGUGGUGCCAACAAUAACACGGAUCCAAUGCAUGCCAGUAAUAGUAUUACUUCGCCGGUUUCAGACGCAGUUACAUCACCAUAUCCAUUGAAUUUGCAACCGAGUAGCCGUCAAUUGACACCUCCGCCUGCUAUAUCAUCGAACAAUAAUAGUCAUACUAAUAAUACCAAUAAUAGUACCCCUCCAGUGUCACAAAUUUCACACGUAUCUACGGAUUCACGCCAUCAAGAUCAUUCACCAAGGCAAUACAUUCCUCAUUCUCCCAAGCCAAAACCCACCGAAAGUAGUAAUGAAUCGGAAUCGGAAUCACCAUCAGCAUCUGUAUCUUCAGCAACGAAAAACGUGGAUCAACAAUUAUAUCAGACUUUACGUGUGGUGAUUAAGAUGGUGAACGUUGUUUACGACCAAUUGACGUCGAUAAUAUCCAAUACCGCUCGUGCAAGUUCAUCUGGCCAACAGGAGUUGACAGGGCAUUUACUGGCUAAGAUUAGAGAUUUGACCGAUACUUGUUGCCAAGCUAUGGAUCUUUCCAAAGUACUUGGUGAAAGGUUAAAUCUUUUGACUUCUGAGACAGUGGCUUGUGAGAAAUUCUUGACACAUGGUGAGAAGUUGAAGACGUGGGAAAAUAUAAAUGCAUUUUUGAAAUCCAUCAUAUCUAUUCUUGCUAAUACUAAGGUUUUAAUGGAAGGUAUGCCUGCUCUGAAUGAGAUUAGACCAAAUUUAGCAUCUUUGGCGAAGGUGACAAAGGAUGUUACGGUGGUUUUAGAUCUCAGUUCCUACAAGGGUGUUUCCACGCUUGCAUCACAGACACAACCCCAACAUCAGCACCAACAUCAACAUCAACACCAACAUCAACACCAACAUCAACAACAACAUCAACAACAACAUCAACAUCAACAUUCGUACCACCAACAUCCACUGCCGCAUCAACACGGAUAUCAUCAGCAAUAUACGCAUCAGUACCCUCAGCAAUAUUCACACGAUGAGCAUAUGCAUAUCCCGAUGAUGACACCUCAAGCGACUCCAGUUCAUGGCAAGAAUCCAUUUGAAGACGUGUAG